AUGUUCAGUAUCAUAGUGAUAUUUGUGUUUGGAUAUUUCUUGGUUUCCCAAGCAGAGAGUGUCUUUGUCGGAGCCUUUGUCAUGCCGCACGGUAGGUGACAUAUUCCAUAAAUUUCGAUCUUUCUCCAUUUCACCAUUUUCCGAUUAAUUGUCGGAAACAAAUCGUUUGUAAAACCUUCCUUGAAUUGACAGUAACACUGAACUAAGAUCAGGCACGUCGACUGUGGUGGAGUCGCGAUCUCGUGAUUGCGUUUAAAAUUUAAUCCCAGAAAGUGUCAGGAGUCAUGCCAUUGGGUAGUUGAACGUUGUGACCGAAGAUGUGAAAAGCUCUCUGAAAGGUAACGAAUUGGGAAAGAAAAUGACGUUGUUCUUCACUCUCCCCUUAUUUUUAAUAUCUCUCUGACCCAUCCUUGCCUUCCCCAAUGCAGAGAUGCCAACCUCUUGAGAUCUAAAAUCUGGAGACUCACUCUUUUUCACUACCCCCACCCUCCAAAUUUCGACGGACCCUCCCCGCAACAAAUUGACCCAGCCCUCAAUGGGAAUGGCUCAGGACUUUAUAUGAAGUCUUACAUGAACUGCAUACUAUCAAAAUUCACGAUCAUCGUUUUGAUGCCGAAAUAAUCUUUGUCAGUGGCUAAAUACGUGCAAAAAUGCGCCAGAAACCGUACUACGAAUAAGAAAAAUUCACGUUUUGAGGAAACUAUGGGCUACCCGUGACAUCUCAAACUAAAGCACUCUCCCGUACGGGAGAGCGGGAGAGCGGGAGAUAGGUGCCGUAUCCGGGAGACUCUCGGAUAAUCCGGGAGAGUUGGCACUGCUCCAGAAGAGCUCCUCAGGCUUGAAGAAACCAAAGUGACAGUGAUGAGUAAGCUUGAAAAUAGCAUAUUAUGAAAUUAGCAUUCGAAAACGAAUAUUGUACAGGCUACAAGAAAAGAAAGAGUAUGGAUUCUUGUUUCAAAAUUCCCUGAAAACUGGUGUGAUUCACCCAUCUUGUCUUAUUAAUAGUAUUUAAAAUGUGUAUAUUUUCGUACGCAAGAUUUCUGGCCUUCAUUAAUGUAUUGCGUUAUGGUUUCGAUAUCUGACGGACUUUUCUCGUAAAAUCGAAGAUAAAUAAAUAUGCAGCAUAAAGUAGUUGGAGUCUUGCAUUGAUGAACAAGAACAUCGCAGCUUUCAAGACCGGUUUCGAAAAAUAAUUUUGGUACUGAACACAUUAUCAGUGUUUAUGUUUACGUUGUUUGGCGAUCUUUGUACCGUCAGGAGGAAUUGCUUUGGAUCCCCGGUAUUUCAACACGACCAAUGCCACUGCCAAGGCUCAGGCUUGGAUGGUACAUGAUGCAGCAGUGCAAGUGGGAAAACAAAUCCAGGAUCUGAAGCCAGAUAUAAUAGUCCUGAGUACUCCGCACGGAAUAGCCUCUCCUGAAGAUUUCGUCUUUUAUCUCAGUCCAAAAGGGGCAGGAUUCUCUGACACAGAUAACUGCGCAUGUCUACCUUGCUGCUACAACCUGUCCGUCGUCAUGGACACAAAAGGCACCAAGAGUCUUGUUAGCACCCUUAAAUUUGAAAAGGAAAGUGUUUCUUACCUUAGCGCAUUUGGUCCACCCGGAAGCGAGGAUGUUUCUUUCCCGCUUCGCUGGGGAGAGGUAGUCCCGCUGUACUUUACAAAAGGGACUUUAAGCUACAGCAAAGUGAUCGUUUUGUCCCAGCCGAGUCGCAGAUACACGGACAGCGUGCAGAUGAUCCCGGAAUUGACCCUCCUGGGCAAGAAUAUGUUUAAGAUUCUAGAUCUUCAAACUGACAGAGCCGUAAUGAUUAUAAGCGCUGUCCUCGCGCACACUCACUUAAAGUCCGGUCCUUACGGAUUCUCCACGGCCGCAGAACCGUUUGACAAAGCAUGCGGGGCAUGGGUUACCACUCAGGAUUCGGACAAACUGUUAGUUGAAGCCGCUUCCUAUGUGAACAAGGCCCUUUCCUGUGGAUUUACUGGUCUGGCCAUGCUGGACGGGAUGUUGAAAGCGAGUCCUAAUCACUGGCAUUCUCGGCUUUAUGCUAACUUUCAUCCUAGUUACUAUGGCAUGAUGUUGGCGUCCUUUGUGCCAUUAACACAGUAG